GGCGGGAGGCGGAGCUCGUACUCAGGAGCCGCCUCCCGGGCGGCCGGGGCGGUCCCUGAGCCGCUUUCCGCGGCCUCGCGUUUCCCUGGGCAGUACUAGCUCGCUGCGGCCGCGUCUGGGGACCACCUCGCUUCCAGUGUGGAUUUCCACGGCUCUUGCUCAGAGGCGGGUACGCUGUGUUCCAGUGUGCCAUGGAACUCACACAGUGGCACUUUGUGGCUUCAUGAAGGAAGAGGCAGGCCACGCAACACUUCCUCCCCAAGCCAAGGAGAAGUAGCACUUUUAGAGGCAGAGGAGCGGAAGGCAGUGGGUGUGACCAAAAGUGUCAUUUAUUAAAGAUUGUUGGAGCAGAACUACUGAGCAAAAGCAGGCAUUGUAUCCUAAGUUGUCAUCAAGUUCGCAAUCAGAUUGGAAAAGUUCAACUUGAAGCUUUCUUGCCUGCAGUGAAGCAGAGAGAUACAUAUUAUUCACGUAAUAAAAAACAUGGGCUUCAACCUGACUUUCCACCUUUCCUACAAAUUACGAUUACUGUUGCUUCUGACUUUGUGCCUGACGGUGGUUGGGUGGGCCACCAGUAACUACUUCGUGGGUGCCAUUCAAGAGAUUCCUAAAGCAAAGGAACUUGUGGCUAAUUUCCAUAAGGCCCUCAUUUUGGGGAAGGGAAAAACUCUGACUAAUGAAGCAUCCACGAAGAAAGCAGAACUUGACAACUGCCCUUCUGUAUCUCCUUACCUCAGAGGCCAGAGCAAGCUCAUUUUCAAACCAGAUCUCACUUUGGAAGAGGUACAGGCAGAAAAUCCCAAGGUGUCCAGAGGCCGGUAUCACCCUGAGGAAUGUAAAGCUUUACAGAGGGUCGCCAUCCUCAUUCCCCACCGGAACAGAGAGAAACACCUGAUGUACCUGCUGGAACAUCUGCAUCCCUUCCUGCAGAGGCAGCAGCUGGAUUAUGGCAUCUACGUCAUCCACCAGGCUGAAGGUAAAAAGUUUAAUCGAGCCAAACUCUUGAAUGUGGGCUAUCUAGAAGCUCUCAAGGAAGAAAAUUGGGACUGCUUUAUAUUCCACGACGUGGACCUGGUACCUGAGAAUGACUUUAACCUUUACAAGUGUGAGGAGCAUCCCAAGCAUCUGGUGGUUGGCAGGAACAGCACUGGGUACAGGUUACGUUACAGUGGAUAUUUUGGGGGUGUUACUGCCCUAAGCAGAGAGCAGUUUUUCAAGGUGAAUGGAUUCUCUAACAACUACUGGGGAUGGGGAGGCGAAGACGAUGACCUCAGACUCAGGGUUGAGCUCCAUAGAAUGAAAAUAUCCCGGCCCCUGCCUGAAGUGGGUAAAUAUACAAUGGUCUUCCACACCAGAGACAAAGGCAACGAGGUGAACGCGGAACGAUACACCCAGGAACAAUACUUCGCAUCCUUCAAUCCAGUUAAGUUGACACUCAGUAUUAACCGUCAUACUGGGAUUUCUCUUCAUUUCUGGAGACUUGAACAGAAUCUGAAUACUAUUUGUGGGCAAGAAUUUUCAUCUAUAGUGUUGUGUACUUCCUCCAGUGUCACAGCAGGAGGAUGUAAUGUCUGGUUGUGUCAUUUUGGGAUAUUAGGAUUGAUCUGUGAGUUUCGAUAUCGCCAGUCUAACCUAUGCAUUGUGAGAUUCCCCAUCAGUUUUUUACCUAAUGACUUCAGCAGUCGUUGAUGCUGGAUUUCUAAAUGUAUUAUUUAAUUAGGAGUUGCAAAAUUGUAAUAUUCUAAUUCUGUUAUUCCUUCUGCAUUUAUUAGAUUUUUCUACAAAGUACUUUCUCUUUUCAUGUAUUUGGGUACUCUAGGGUAUAGUUUUUAUAGGAAAGGCAAAAUAAAGAGAAAGAGUCAAGCACUGAUUAAAAUUUUUUCAGACUAAUGCUUGGUGUUUCCUAGCAUCCUUCAGGAUGUAGUUCUUGUACUUUUUGGUACUCAUAUUGUCUCAUCUUUGGCCAAUGGGAUCUUCUUCAAGCUGGGUCCUGAAUCCCAGUAGUCCUCAAGAGCUUCCCUCCCUCUGCUCUGCCGUGACGAGAUGUUCUAGGUUCUUCUUGUACUUUUCAUGCCUUGGGAAUUGGCCUAUUCACCAAGGAAUCCUGGCAGAUAAGCCAGUUCUUAUGAGGCUUUGAUUGAAGAGUCUGUAUUUCUUUGUUUUGAUUUUUCCCCUUAAAUUUUCAAACAGUAUUAAGGGGCUUUUUGUGCUUUUGUUAUAGUCUACAUUUUAAAGCAAUAUUAAAGUGCUUUCAGCCUGAUAUUAAAGAGUCCUGUUAAAAGUUUAUUUUUUUCAAGGCAGGAUCUCACUCUGUUUGUUACCCAAGCUGGAGUGCAGUGGCGUGACCAU